GGCCCAGUGGCCGCUGCGUGUAAUGUUAUAAUAACUCUGCCUUUCUUUCGUAUAUAUUGUACAUCUUAAACAGUAACGUCAGAACAUUAUACAUUAUUAUUUAAGCACCGUUUAGUGGAGAACAUAUACAUUAUCUUUAAAGAAACAAGUGGUUGGUUUGGGUUGUUGGCUAGUCGUACAGCCAAUGUCUAUCCAGUUCUUCAAUCUGAAAAUCGUUAGCCGAGGGGCAGUGAGCAAUGAACACGCUGGCUGCUUCGCUCCACCUGCUGAAGCUGUCCGUUAGGAGGCUGGGAUCACCUCACACGUGUGGAAGGAAAUUCCACAGACUCGCUGGGUUCCAGUCCUGUGCACCUCAAAACUUUCAAGACUAUGAAAGCCUCCGUCAGCUGUACAGACCAGAGGCGCCCGAGUAUUUCAACUUUGCGAAGGAUGUGCUGGACAGAUGGGCUGAGAGGGAGAAGGAUGGGGAGAGGCCAUCAAACCCUGCCCUGUGGUGGGUGAACAAUGCCGGAGAAGAAAUCAAAUGGAGCUUUGAGGAACUCGGGGUGCGUUCCAGGAGAGCAGCGAAUAUCCUGGCGGGAGCUUGUGACCUACAGCCCAGAGACAGGCUUCUCCUCAUCCUACCCAGAGUGCCGGAGUGGUGGCUUGUGAACGUGGCCUGUUUGAGGACAGGGACUGUCCUCAUCCCUGGGACCGCCCAGCUCACUGCCAAGGACAUCCUUCACAGGCUCCUCAGCUCCAGCGCCAGAUGCAUUGUCACAGAUGAGAGCCUGGCCCCUCUCGUAGACGCCGUGGCAGCGGAGUGCCCCUUCCUGAAAGCCAAGCUGCUGGUAUCACAGCAGAGAAGAGAAGGCUGGCUGAACUUCACAGAGCUGUCAAAGGCUGUAUCAAGCGACCACACCUGUGUGAAGACUAAGAGCAGUGAUCCGAUGACCAUCUUCUUUACCAGCGGAACCACAGGCUCUCCGAAAAUGACCCAACACAGCCACUGUAGCUUUGGAGUCGGGCUGGCCGUCAAUGGCAGGUACUGGCUGGACCUGAGCCCGGGGUCUGUUAUGUGGAACACCUCCGAUACUGGCUGGGCCAAGUCUGCCUGGAGCAGCGUGUUCGCCCCCUGGAUCCAGGGAGCCUGCGUGUUCGUGCAUCACAUGCCACGCUUCGAAGCCACCACUGUUUUAGAGACUUUGUCCAGAUUCCAGAUAAGCACAUUCUGCUCGGCCCCCACUGUAUACCGGAUGCUUGUGCAGGAGGACCUGGCCAGGUACCGGUUUAAAAGCCUUCAGCACUGUGUGAGUGCCGGCGAGCCCAUGAAUCCGGAAGUGAUGCAGCAGUGGAAACACAAGACCGGCCUUGAAAUCUAUGAAGGAUACGGGCAAACGGAGACGGUUCUCAUUUGUGGCACUUUCAAAGGGAUGAGAAUCAAGCCUGGAUCAAUGGGGAAGCCGUCACCAGCGUACGAUGUGCAGAUUAUAGAUGAGAACUGCAGCCCUCUUCCAGCAGGACAGGAAGGAGACAUCGCAAUCCGAGUGAAACCCAACAGGCCGUUUGACCUCUUCUCUGGAUACACUGAUGAUCCUGAGCGCACGGAGCUUUGCUAUCGGGGGGAUUUCUUCCUCACUGGAGACAGGGGGGUGACGGACCAGGACGGCUACUUCUGGUUUGUGGGAAGAUCUGAUGAUGUCAUUCUAUCUGCAGGGUACCGCAUCGGCCCCUUUGAGGUGGAAAGCGCGCUGAUAGAACACCCAGCAGUGGCAGAGUCGGCUGUCGUUAGCAGUCCUGACGCAGUCCGGGGAGAGGUUGUGAAGGCCUUUGUUGUUCUGACUCCUCACUAUCAACACCAAGACCCACAGAGCCUUGCUGUAGCGCUACAGAACCACGUGAAGCAAGUCACAGCUCCCUACAAAUACCCACGGAAGAUCGAAUUUGUGGAAAGCUUGCCCAAGACAAUCAGUGGCAAAAUCAGAAGAGUUGAACUGAGGAACAAAGAAUGGGGAAGAACAUAGAAGUGCCCUAGAUCUAAGAGAGUCCUGUCUGACAAUUUAUACUUCACAAGACUGUGUAUGUUCACAGUACAAAAAGCCUGUAGUAUAUAUGCUGGCUGUGUUUAUAUCUGUAACUCUAAAGGAAGCCUUCCUCCCCUCUGUAAGUCUAAAAUGCUCAGACUCAGAACGCCAUGGGCCUUGUCUUUCCUCUGCUCUGUUUUCUUGUGAUUUGACACAGUGAUCACAGUGGAAACAGCUGAUUUUGUACCAAAAUAUUAUUUUUAACUGAGCUCUGAAAUACAUUUACAAUCAAACCAAA